CAAUUCUUUAAUUUGUUCCUAACUUUCUCAUAAUAUCCAAUUUUCUGAUAUAUCAAGGUUUUGUACUAACAAGACAUCCCACACCUUAUAUGUGUCAGCUGAUCGUGUGACACAAAUAAUGAAAGAAGGUAUAAUGCAGAACUCAGUCCAACCAUUGGAAAAUAAUGAUGAUAACGAUAAGGAGGAAUGGGACAACUCUGUUUAUUGGAAUUCCAAUGAAGCUGAAUAUGCAGAUAUUAAUGAAAAGUUAGAUCAAUUGCAUUCCGUUCUGGAUUGUCUUGAGAAAAAAAAUCGCAGCAUCCAGGCUGGACUUAUGGAGUUGCUACAAUCAAAUCGUGAAGCUAGAAAGCAGUUUCAAGAAGCAUUAAAAAUAUAAGCUAUAAAAGAAAGAUGAAAUCUUUCAACAGUUUUCUAAUUGUAAAACUAUUGACUAUGUAGUUGAACAUAUAUCAGAUUACAUUUGUUAUGUUAAAAUUAAUAGAAAUGAAUAAGAAACUAUGUCAUAUAUGCUAUUAGCAUACUAAAAAAGUGCUUUUAAAUUUAGUUGUAAUAGUUAUUUAAAAGUACAACAAUCCAAUUGGAGAUUGUAUAAAAAUAAUUGGAUUUCUUAAAGUGCAAUAUUUCUGAUAAUAAGAACUUUAUAUUAAUUUGUGUUGUAAACAUUUUGGCAAUUUUAAACAAAUUAUUGCUUACAUUUAUUAACUAACAUUAAUCGUGAUGUAUGUAUCAAAUCCUUUAAAUUAAAAUUCAAAUAUAUGUCAAUCAAA